AUGAUGAAUUCUUCUAUGGAACUCAAUACAAGUGCGCUUGAUCAAAGUUUACCUAGUUGGUUUGCACCAGAUUCAAAAAUUGGUAGUAUUGUGGAUCGAUUAAUGGUUGAAGAAUGGAUGAAUAUAACAUCACACAAGGCGUAUUAUGAUCGAUGUCAACCAAUCACAUCACAAAAUGAUCGAUAUAAUGAACAAGCUCGAACGACUAUUCGAGAUAAUAGAUAUGAAACUGCAUUAAGUCUUAUGCCGAAAUCUAUUGGAUCAUUGAUUGUUCUUUUUUACUGGAUCAGACAAUAUUUUUCAAUUCCAUCACCAGAAUGGACACAAAAUGGUCCAAGAUGUAAUUGUCCAUCAUUACCUCAUCGACUUAUAGUUGUCUAUGAUAUAACAACUGAUAAAGGUUGUAAGAUGAUUAAUAAACCAAGCAAAAAAAUCUUUAGUUUUGAUGGUCCUGAUAUAUUAGUUUGUUCAAUUAAUAAUAUGUCAACAGAAUUACCAUUAGAAUCAACUGUUUAUUUUGAUUCAAACCUUUGA